AUGAUCAAAUAAACUUAAAUUUUAAAUGAACAUAAGAAUAAUGUACAUACUCUAAAUUUUAUGAAUAAAUCAAAUUAGUUUAUAUCUGGUAGUCAUGAUAAUUCUAUUAUUAUAUGGUAAUUAAAUCAAAAUAAUUAAUGGAUUCCCUAAUAGACAUUAAAUGGACAUACUAGUUAAAUCUUUUGUUUAAUAUUAAAUAAUAAUGAAGAUUUAAUCAUAUCUGGAAGUUAUGAUAAUAGUAUUAAAUUUUGGAUAAAAAAGAAUGAAUGGACGUGUUAAUAAACAAUUAAAGAUCAUUCUAGUUAUGUUACUGGAUUAAGUGUUAAUUAAUAAUAAAAUAGAGUUGUAUCUUGUGGUUAUGAUAAAUUAAUAUUAAUAAUGGAAUAAUAAGGAUAGAAUAAAGAAUGGAUUGUUAUCUAAAAGAUUACAGUUGAAUCACAUGCAUUUAGAAUAUGUUUUAUUGAUAAUAAUAUGUUUACAUUAUCAUAAAAAUAUCAAGAAUAGAUAUCUGUUUAUGAAAUGAACAAUAUCAAUCAAUAAUUUACAAAGACUAAAGAUAUUGAUGUAAAAUGUGGAUCAUCAGAUGGUCAUUGUUUAUUUCCUUAAUAAUAUAUAAAUUAAAAAUGUAUUCUCAUGAGUAAGAAUGGCUAAUAUGUCAAUUUGAUAAGAAAAAAAUUAAAUGCAGAAUUUGUAACUCAAUAAUCUAUUCAUUUUAAUACAGAUUAUCUAUUUGGAGGAAUGAGUAAUGAUGGAGAUUAUUUGAUAACUUGGGAUAAUAAAUCAUAUUAAAUAUAAGUUAGAAGAUAUAAAGAAUCUUGA